AGAGAGAGAGAGAGAGAGAGAGAGAGAGAGAGGUAACCUCUGAACAAACCUUAUGAAGAAGACCCUGUGAGAGCUUUGCCCUAGGGAUGCCUUAGGACUGAAAUGAAGGGUCCCAGCACUGGCAAGAACAAGGAAUAAGUAGGAGACAGACAUAUUUCAAGCGAAAUACAUAGACGAAAGGGAGGAUUGUGCCGUUAAAAGAGGGACUUAGGAAAGAGACCAGAAGGCUACGGCAAUACAAAUACCGAGAAGAGGAAAUCCUCUGCUGUUUUGGAGAACAUAUCUGCGAAUCUCUGACAUAAUAUUUAAAUCAUACUUUUAAAAGAAUGGAAAAUCAUCUGUAUCUGUGUUCCACAUCACCCACAGUGAAGAAGCUACAUAAGUGUAUGGACUGUGGGGAAUGUUUCAUGUGGAGAAGUUCUCUUAUUAAACAUCAACGAACUCACACAGGAGAGAAACCGUAUCAAUGCACGGAAUGUGGAAAGAGCUUCAGUCAGAGUGGAGAUCUGCGUUCCCACCAAAGGACCCACACAGGAGAGAAGCCAUAUACAUGCAUGGAAUGUGGAAAGAGCUUCCGUCACAGUGCAACUCUGUGUCGCCAUAAAAGGACCCACACAGGGGAGAAGCCAUAUACAUGCAUGGAAUGUGGAAAGAGCUUCAAUCAGAGUGGAGCUCUGCGUUCCCAUCAAAGAACCCACACAGGAGAGAAGCCAUAUCCGUGCAUGGAAUGUGGAAAGAGCUUCAGUCACAGUGCAGAUCUGCGUUCCCAUCAAAGCACCCACACAGGAGAGAAGGCAUAUCAAUGCAUCGAGUGUGGAAAGAGCUUCAGUCAGAGUGGAGAUCUGCGUUCCCAUCAAAGGACCCACACAGGGGAGAAGCCGUAUCUAUGUAUGGAAUGUGGAAAGAGCUUCAGUCAAAAUGCGCAACUGCAUUCCCAUCAAAGGACCCACACAGGGGAGAGGCCAUAUCAAUGCAUGGAAUGUGGAAAAUCCUUCAGUCAAAGUGGACCGCUGCAUUCUCACCAAAGGACCCAUACAGGGGAGAAGCCAUAUAAAUGCAUAGAAUGUGGAAAGAGCUUCAGUCAGAGUGGAGAUCUGCGUUCCCACCAAAGGAUCCAUACAGGGGAGAAACCAUAUCUAUGCAUGGAAUGUGGAAAGACCUUCAGUAAAAGUGGAUAUCUGCGUUCCCAUGAAAGGACUCACACAGGGGAGAAGCCGUAUCAGUGCAUGGAAUGUAGAAAGUCAUUCAGUCACAGUGGACUUCUCCGUUGUCAUCAAAGGACCCACACAGGAGAGAAGCCAUAUACAUGCAUGGAAUGUGGAAAGAGAUUCAGUCGGAGUGACAGUCUGCGUUCCCAUCAAAGGACCCACACAGGGGAGAAGUCACAUAAAUUCACUGACUAUGGAAAGAGCUUCAUUGGGAGUGGAGAGCUAUGUUUCCACCAAAGGAGCGACACAGGGGGGAUGCCACAUAAUAGCAUUGAAUGUGGAAAUAGCUUCAUUAGGAGUCGAGAGCUCCAUUCCCACCAGAGCUCCCACACAAUGGAGAAGUCAUAUCUCCACUGCUUUGAUAUAUGCAUGGAAUAUGGAAAGAGCUUCUGUUGGAGUGAAAUUCUACAUUCCCAUCAAAUGACACACACACAGCUAGGGGAAGAGACCUGCCUUUGAGUUUUCUAGUUCUUCUAAAAAAAAUCACCAGACAAGGGACCCAUCCCUCAACAGUGUCACAUUGCCAGGGCUCUGCCUUAUUUAGGUAGAGAUGAAUCAAACUCCCAGUUUUAUCAAACAGUUUAAUUAAAACAGCACUUACUUGCUGGCUGGCUGUUUUAAUAGACCAAAAUAUAAAACACAAAGCUAGCACGCAGCUACAGAAUAAACAAAAACUGAUAGCAAAAAUUAACUUCAUAGUCAAAAGGGUCCAGUCCAGUGGUCAAAUGCCGAGAGUUCGAUAAACAAAGUCCAGGGAUCAAGAGUCUAUACCAUAGUCAAAAGCCAGUCCAAAGGUUCAAGGUUCCAGAAUUCCAAGAUUACAAGAAGACAGGUCAAAAAUCCAACAGACCUGGGGGAAAAACCAGCAGCAUCCACCACCAAAAUACAACAGAUACCUUUCUCCCAAAGAUCAGUCUCAAGGUUAGCUCCUUAAAUCCAGUAACACCUAGCUGCAACCCAUCUCCUGCACACCUCCACCCCUAAUUGCUUUCACCCAUGAACUCCCACUUACAGAUUACCAAACCCUCUAGAACUUAUACUCACAUUAACCCUUCCAUCACCAACCACCAUCAACUGCACACCAUAUGACACACAGGCAGGCAAAGAAUGGGAGAAUGGAAGCAAAGAGGAAGGCCACCACCUUGUUCUGUGUGGCCUGGCUUGAUUGCUGCUGGGGGCAAGUUCCCCACAGUAUUGCAGCCAUUUUUAAGGCGUUAACCUGACCUCUGCCUCCUCAAGGAAAGCAUCAUAGACUUCUGGGAUGAUCUGUGAAAGCUUGCUGAAAUGAGAGCAGCUGAGAUCUUAGGAUAAAGGGGUUCUUUAAAAGACGAACUCUUUGGGAGCAGGCAAUGGCAUCCUUCCAUACUGUUGUCCUGAGUCUUGGCUCUAAUGCCCCUCGGUUUCCAUUCUGGACUCUGGCCUUGCUCCUGUCGCCCGCUUCUGGACUCUGUCAUACCCUGAAUCAUUGGCCUGAGUUCUGGGCUGACUUUCUGGCUUGAUUUAUUCAACCUCGGUUUAUAUCCCUCACGAUCCGGCUUGACUUUGGAACUCUGACUUUGGUUUGUACUCUUGCAUUCUUGGUGGUUCUUUUAUGAACUCUGAUGAUUGAACUCCUGGCCCCUGACUGUUGGACUAUUGUCACCUUGGCUGGUGCUUAGUUUUGCUCCUGACCUGAGUCCAUAGUAUUCAGCUUGUCUGCAUCAAUUGGACUCUUGACCUCGGAUUUUGUGCUGCCGUUGUCUUAUUUUAGUUAGACACUGAAAAAUUUCAG